GCAAGCACAGAAUGUCAGGAAGUGCCUGUUGCUGGGGCUCCGCCUGCCCGACACCCCCUCUCUGUUCACCUGGGAGCUGGGUGAACCCAGGCUAUACCUGUCUGCUGAGCCCAGGGUGUUGUAGCAGGAUCCUGGCAUGCCCUUCCCCCCGAGUGGGCCUGCCCUGUGGCGCUCAGAGGAGCCGCAGCGGCUGUGGGCCUGGAACGACCAGGCCCAGGACGCCAGGGCAGGGGGGCAGCCUCGCCCCAAAGGUUCCGGGCGUGGGGAGGCUGAGACUCGGGAGUGCAUCUACUACAACGCCAACUGGGAGUUAGAGCGCACCAACCAGAGCGGCCUGGAGCGCUGCGAGGGCGAGCAGGACAAGCGGCUGCACUGCUACGCCUCCUGGCGCAACAGCUCGGGCACUAUCGAACUCGUGAAGAAGGGCUGCUGGCUGGAUGACUUCAAUUGCUACGACAGGCAGGAGUGUGUGGCCACUGAGGAGAACCCCCAGGUGUACUUCUGCUGCUGUGAAGGCAACUUCUGCAACGAGCGCUUCACCCACUUGCCGGAGCCUGGGGGCCCAGAAGUCACGUACGAGCCACCCCCGACAGCCCCCACCCUGCUCACGGUACUGGCCUACUCGCUGCUGCCCAUUGGGGGCCUCUCCCUCAUUGUCCUGCUGGCCUUCUGGAUGUAUCGGCAUCGCAAGCCUCCCUACGGCCACGUGGACGUCCAUGAGUCCUUGCUUUCCCAGGACCCCGGACCUCCACCCCCUUCCCCUCUGGUGGGCCUGAAGCCACUGCAGCUGCUGGAGGUCAAGGCUCGGGGUCGCUUUGGCUGCGUUUGGAAGGCUCAGCUCAUGAAUGACUUUGUGGCUGUAAAGAUCUUCCCACUCCAGGACAAGCAGUCGUGGCAGAGCGAACGGGAGAUCUUCAGCACGCCAGGCAUGAAGCACGAGAACCUGUUGCAGUUCAUUGCUGCCGAGAAGCGAGGCUCCAACCUGGAGGUGGAGCUGUGGCUCAUCACAGCCUUCCACGACAAGGGCUCCCUCACGGAUUACCUCAAGGGGAACAUCAUCACCUGGAACGAACUGUGUCAUGUGGCAGAGACAAUGUCACGAGGCCUCUCGUACCUGCACGAGGAUGUGCCCUGGUGCCGUGGCGAGGGCCACAAGCCUUCUAUUGCCCACAGGGACUUCAAAAGCAAGAAUGUCCUGCUGAAGAGUGACCUCACUGCUGUGCUGGCAGACUUUGGCCUGGCUGUUCGGUUUGAGCCGGGGAAGCCCCCAGGGGACACCCAUGGGCAGGUUGGCACGAGACGGUACAUGGCCCCUGAGGUGCUGGAGGGAGCCAUCAACUUCCAGAGAGACGCGUUCCUGCGCAUCGACAUGUACGCUAUGGGGCUGGUGCUCUGGGAGCUUGUUUCUCGUUGCAAGGCUGCAGACGGGCCUGUCGAUGAGUACAUGCUGCCCUUUGAGGAGGAGAUUGGCCAGCACCCUUCGCUGGAAGAACUGCAGGAGGUGGUUGUCCACAAGAAGAUGCGGCCCACCAUUAAGGAUCACUGGCUGAAGCAUCCGGGCCUGGCCCAGCUCUGUGUGACCAUUGAGGAGUGCUGGGACCAUGAUGCAGAGGCUCGCCUUUCUGCGGGCUGCGUAGAAGAGCGGGUGUCUCUCAUCAGGAGGUCGGUCAACGGCACUACCUCGGACUGUCUAGUCUCUCUGGUGACCUCCGUCACCAAUGUGGACCUGCCCCCUAAAGAGUCCAGCAUCUAAGCCUAGGAUACGAGUGUCUCUCCAGACUCAGUGGAUCUGAAGAAAAAAGGAAAAAAGUUGUGUUUUGUUUUGGAAAUCCCAUAUAACCAACAAACACAUAAAAUGCAGCUGCUAUUUUACCUUGACUUUUAUUAUUAUUAUAAUUAUUAUUAAUAAUAUUAUUUUUGGAUUGGAUCAGUUUUUACCAGCAUCUUGUUCUACUGUAUUGCAAACAGCGGACACGUCAGCAGGCGUUGAGGUGCUGAGCUGUGAAUGCAGAACCAGCGCCGUGCUGAAGAGCCUCAGCCACCUCCUGUCCUUCGGGAUUUGUCUCCCCCAGCGUUCUCUGUGUCGUCUCAGCAUCUGUAACACAAAGAAACCCCUCUCCUGUCCUAGGAAACUCAAUGCUGCAAUCUCUACUAGAGGAACCUUUGAAGACUGUUACAUGAACAUACCCUUGCUCAGAAGAGGGGUCCCCCACCCCCUUAUUUUGUGUUUCUCCCUUUUCAGGCAGUGAGCUUAAGAAAUGGCAGAUGUGUCUCCAUGAAUCUGAUGGGUGUCAUCCUGACCCAGCAGAGGGGAACUGAGAUGAGGAGGGUGGUUUAGUCCGAAGUUGGGAGGGAGGAUGUUUCUGGGGCGGGUUGGGAGCAGAGCUACACUGGACUUGGGCACAUUUGGAGCAACACCCUUGGCUGUGGAGGCUGUUUUCUCAGGUAACAAGGGAUCGAGGGCAAGGUCCUUUUGGGGGCCGAGCAGUAAUAAUAGCAAGCACAGGCAGGGUCUGGGGAACGUCCAGGAGCGGGGCCAGGCUGCCCCACCUGCCCGUUUUCUUCACACUAACUUGGGCUUGCCCACAGGAGGAAAUACUACCUUGCUGGCGUCUUAAGACUAGGUGGGGGCAUUACAGCUUAGUGGACAUUCUUCAUUAGACAAGAUGGAUGCUGUGGAUCUUUUUCAUGGAGGAGAUACUGAACUGCAGUUUCCUGUUGGCAGUUUGGGGAGAUGCCUGUGGCGCCCACUGCACGGGGUGAGUGGCCCAGAGGAUCCCUGGGUGGGAGCCUUGCUGGCCUACAGCUCUGGCUUGGCCCCAUGCAGAGGCAUUAUUGGCUCCUGUCUGAGGCUCCUGGACACAGCUUUCUCUGGACCCUUUAAAGCGGUGCAUGGUGCAUAUUCUAAAACUGUUUUCUCUUACGCCAUAACCUUGCUCCAGGCGGUGAAUGUUCCUAAUGCUGCUGUUUCGACAUUGGAAUUUUUUUUUUAUUUAUGAAACAUGCUAAAUUUUUUUUUUCAGACAGAACACAGACAUCCACAUAUAUAUACAUCCUUUGCUGUGUGGCUUCCGAGGUUUAAAUUUUAAAAUGUAAAGGAAGUAACUUCACGACCACAGACCACCUCAAACCAGAAAUACCUCAGAAUUUUCUACUUGUGUACGUUUUAUUAAUUAUAUAUUUUGUUAGUUGUGUUGUCUUGUAGGAAGUAUAUUUUAAUGUAAGUUGGCUUUUAUGACAAGGAAGUUUAAAAGAAAUAGAGAAGAAGAAAAAAAAGCUUGUGUCUUCUCGCCAGCACUACCAAUCUGUUUGCUAGAAGCUCCCUGUAAAUAGCAGUCGUCAGCUGUAGGUCGGCUGAGCCGUCUGGGCGUGCGUCCCGCUGGCUUAGACCGGAUUUAAACAGCACAUCUCUGUCUUGAGGGUAGGCCACUUCCUCCCGGGUUGCUUAGAGGGCCAGGUAUUGAUCCUUAAGUCCCCUGGGUAGUAUUCAGGAUGACACCCCUGCUUUAACUCGGCAGAACCACAGCCCUCAGGCCCGUGUGAGGUAGCACAGGAGAGUUAAUUCCUUCUGCAUGCCUGUGACUAUGCUGUGAAGUCUGGGGGGGCACAGCUCCCAGCUGGGCUGCUCCCCUCAGCAUGAGGUGCGUGGUGCCCAGGGCAGCCUGGGCUUCUUCUUUUCUGUGGGUGUUUGUACAGGGUGCUGAGGAAGGCCAGAUGACUUCCCUCUCAGACCUUGGUCUUCGUUUCUGUGGAUCACUGUGGGCUGGCCAGGUAGUUAGGGGGGCAUGGACUUUGUGUGAGCUAUGUGUGACCCCUCCUCCCCCGCCUGAUUUUGUGCUUUGGGAUUUCCUUCUCUCAGAAUACCUUUUUCCUAGCGAAACAGGUCUUACAGCAGUUGCUUUUCCUUUCCACCUAUUUCUUUAAGAAGCUUUAACUAUUUAUUGAAAGUGCCAUAUCUGCUUUCUUUAGCUUUCUCCUCAGGCAGUGGAGAGCUCUACUCUUGACCCUUAACAAACAAACCACUAAGCAAUGUAGAUCCUUCGCUGCGGGAGUAACCCCGUCACCAGUCACACACUGUGCCAAACACUAAACCCAGAUCCCCGUGUGCUCUUGUGACCCUGGGUGUUUUUCUCUCGUGUGCUGGCUUGGUUUUGUCAUAAGCAUCUUGGCCUGGCUGAGCUCUGGUGUGGAACAUCCCAGUCAGGGCAGGCCUGAUACCUUUUCUGGGGGUGGCUUCCCACUUUGCUGACCCUGUGUCCAGCCACAACAGUGUCCUCGUCAGGCCUUUGCACCAGAAUGGAGUGUCACGAGGGGGUACCUGUUAGGUAUGGCCUGGACAAGGGAGAGUCAGGGUGGUGGUGUCUGUGAGUAGGGGCUGGAGACCACCUUUGGGUAACACGCCCAGUUGCUCAUGGCUGGGAGCUAGGUCAUUUUCCAGGGUGGUCCUUGUUUCUCUCUCUCUCUCUCUCUCUCCCUCUCUCUCUCUCUCUCUCUCUCUCUCUCUCUCUCUCUCUCUCUCUCCAUCUCUCUCACAGAUUUUAUGCCACUUUCCUUCGAGUCCCCUGUCCCUAAGCUUCUGGAAGACAGCGGAGGUCCCCGUGUGUUCAGAGGGAUGAGAUCAGUCAGGAGAGAACCAGCUAGAGAGUUUCUUUUCCCUUCACUGCAUGUUGUGGUCCAGAUAGGCUCCCGUGGCUGUGGGCUUUGGCAGAGAAUGUUCUGGUUGAAAAUCCCUGUGAUAACAGGCAGUCAUCCGUUGCCAGAGACUUCUGUGGCUGUGUCAGAGGAGGACAAAGCAAAUGAAGGCAGGGCUGCCAUGUCGUGGGGUUCUGCAGAAGACGGCAAGGAAGACCAUAGACAGCCGUUAGCGUAGACAGCCGUCAGCGUCUGGGCUAACAUGGGCUGGCCUGGUGCCCCCAACACUAGAUGCAAGGGGACGUGCUGGCCCUUCUGCUCAGACCUCCACAGCAAAGGGCAGAGCUACUUCUCAUCACGAGGCUACCGUGCUUGCUGGGUGCAGCUGGGCCAGCCUUCCUGACAAGGCUUGGUACUUCAAGCAUAGUGUAUGAUCCUGCCACCCUACUCUGUCCUCCCUUCCUGCCUGGACAACACCCGUGACCCUCUCUUUCUUGCUACUCUGUCCUAGGCCUUGGGCUUUAUGAAGGAAUUUUCUUGGUGGCCAGCCUACAUCUAUUUAAUGUUUGCCAUGCGUUUUGGCUCAGAAAGCCUGACAUGUGGUGGUUCCUAUGCUUAGCCGCUUAGGCAAAGAAGUGACUGUUCCACCCAGGGCCAGAGGACUGGCUGGCUCUCUCACUCUCACAGAGUUUACAUUUUUAGUGUGAAGUUCCUGGUGUAUACUGCUGGGUAGGAGGAUGUCUUGUUUUUCCUAAAUAAUUAAUACAGCAAAAGCUCACUGUACUAUAGUUGAAUUCCUGCCACUGUUCUCAAGAAUGUGACUCGUUAGAUGUGUCCCCGGAUCGGAGGGCAGUUUCAUCCAGCUUGAGCCUCAGCAUCGCCUGUUUCAUCCUUUCGGACUUGGUGACGCGUCUGGAGAGGUGAUCCAGCCUGGCCCACAUUUCAGGGGUAGCAGGCGACACCUUUCCCGGAAGUGUUGUGUGCCGUUCAACCAUCCUUCUACUACUGGGGAAACGGCCAGAAAGGGUGACGACAAGGUGUCCCUUUCCUCUCAGCUUGGGUGACGUGACCUCCCCUUCAUUACUGGCUUUGUAAAGGCGAAAUUGAGACGUAGUCAGCAGCUGGCUAGUUUGGCCUGGUGUUGAGCUUAAAUCCCAGCUAACAUUGUUUUAGGUAAGUAGGCCGAGUAGUUCAGUCCUUUACAGUUUAGAUGCUAAACUUUCCAUGCAUCCAGGAUUUAAUGCGUAGUUCUUUAUGUGUGCUUCUGGGUAGCUCUGUAGCCAGCAAUCCUACUGGGAAUGUACCCCAGACCUCUGGGAGGGUUAGGGAAGUGUUUUGGGAUAAUGAUUUAGUUUUAUAGAACAUUAAAUUAAGUUUAAAACACUUCCUUGGGAAUCAAUUAGUUGAUUCCAACACAUUUUAAAAAAUUAGCUCAAUCAAUAAAUCAGCCCAAGUUCUUUGGCGGGCUAUUGGGAUAUUGCUAUUUGGAGUUCUUUGCGAUUACUAUAAAUUACUGUUGGGCUGACAAUUUGAACUGAGAUCGGGAACGCCUACAUCUUUUUUUCUAAACCAAGUUUAGCAUUUUCAUGCUGGCGUCUUCCAGGUGUGAAGGAAGGAAGACUUUGCACUUGCGGUGCUAUGCCUGUCUCCUUAGUGCCCAGGCCAACCAGCGCCACUUCCCCAUCCACAGAAACACCUCGUUUCCCUCGAGAAUUAAAGCGCCAGUGUGGGGUAAUGGGCUCUGCACAGUCUCUCGUUCUUCUCCAGGCUUCCGUCCGUGGCCUGGCUAGGCUGAGUUAGCGUCGGCUGCCGUCGGAACAGAGUUUACAGUUAGGAGACGAGCGACCCCAUUAGUUUUUUGGUGGGGAGGGGCAAGCAAAGGUGGGUUUUUUGUGAGUGAACAAAUACUGCCUCGAGUUCUGGGGCACCCACCCUUGUCGCACGGGCCCCUUCCCUGACUCCGCACCACUCUGCAUCAGUGUUGUUAGAUAGUGUUGUAAAUAAGAGUAGUUCUAUUAAGAGACGUCACUUGAAGUUUUCCUUUAUGAAGUCCGUAGCUCCACCCACCUAUUUAGUUCUGUCACGUGACAGUCGCCUCCACACAGUGUGGAGAUUGUUUUGUAAUACAGAUUAUUUUUAUAAACUAGUGAGUCGGGGUGAGAACGCUUCUGUAAUCCAAGCCGAUGAGCUUUACUUUCAGGAUCGUGCGCACACUGGAAUACGAGGGCUGGAGCUUAGCGCUUAAAUGGAUUCCUGAAUACCCUGGCAGCCCGGAGUCCCCGUGGCCCAAGCUCCACUCACAGGGCAGUGAGGUCUCAGUCCUGCUCCCUGCCUGUGGAGGGGACAGUGGCCAGGCGAAGGGAGGAGCUUGUAGUGGGUUUGAUUUAUGCUGAACAAGGGGUUCUGAGGUUGAAACUUUGUUCCUUUCGUAGAAGGUAGUCACGUGACUGGGUUUGGGUCUGCUCCUUACAUAGAAGGUACUCACCUGACUGGGUUUGGAAGCAGUAGCACAGAGCUGUGAGGGACGCAUCUAGAGAAAGAUUUGGGCCAUAGAAAACAUUCAAAUGGGAUUUGGUGGCCUGAGAUCACUAACCAGAACCAUCUAGGACCAUACUGAGUAAUUCUUUGGAAACCGUGGGACUCAUGGAUUUAAUGAAAGAAUUAAGUGGAGGGUUCCCAGGCACAGUUUUUCUCUUUUGAUCAGGGCUGCUUUCUGCUCUAUUGUGAAGCAGGAACCAACAGAGGAAGCUCAGUACCCCAGUCUCAGAGCGGGGUGUCUUUCAGAUGCCCACAGAGGGUUUCUGGCAAGGCUUAGGCAGCCUUCAUCUCAACUUUUGAUUUUGGGGAGAGAGUGGGUGGGACUUUGCAUAGGGACGGGGGAGGUGGAUAAUUCAGCUAAAUCAUGGCCCGUGGCCAGUCCUGAGGUCCAACCGAAGACUUCUUCCCCACACCCUGCCUGCUGGCUACAGCCUGCUGCCCUAGAGAACACUGGAUGGGUGCUCCUGCUAAGAGAGCCUUAGUGUGUUGUUUCAAGCCAGCCGUGGUCUCUGUUCAUCCUGGUUGGUUUAGAAUGUUGUUUUACAUGUUAUCUAUCCCCUUUCUGCUGGGGACACUUAUUCCCAGCUCUAGCUGCAUUCUGGAAGCCAGCUCCCCUGCUUCUGUUCCCCAUAAAAGACUUCUGUGCUCUCCAGCCGCCUGUCUCGGAAUGUAAUUCUGUUGUGCCUUGGUUUGUCACUAACCCCCCAAAAGCAACUGCAGUAAGCUUUCUCUACUUGUCUCUCUAGCCCCCGCCCCUUCCCAGCCUUCCUUUCUAGCCCUAAUUUCUGGAUGCACUUGUGUGAUCCGGGUACUUUAAGAACCGGUUACCUCAGACCUCAUGUUGAACGGUGUCACCGCCUGAGCUCUCUUGAUGACUGCCGACUCUUACCACACGUGCAGGAGGCCCACUGAGUGUGGCACUGCCUCGUUUUAAAUAAAACUCUUCCCAAAUGGACCCGGGGGCUCCUGGCAAGCCUGGCCUGGCGCUGCGGUGGGACUGGUUGGGCGUGUCAUCCGAACGGUGCUUCCUGUGUCCUGUGCAUUCUGCCGUGUUCAGUAUUCUCAUGUGUCUGAAUAGGCAAAGCAACCUAACUGGCUGGUCUCACACGCAAAUGAGCUCCAAAGAUGAGCUCUUUGUAAUGCCCGCAUUUCCAGUCACCAGAGCUCAGACCUAGAACAUUCCGUCAAACAGCAGGGUAGAAGCCCCACCCCCACCCCUGUCCACUGCCACAGUGCGUUCUGGGAAGAUGUCUGUAGUGUACGUUGCUGUGGAAUUAGGCCUUGUGGGAUAUGGCUGCUUGUCAUUUUGAUGUAUUUUAAAUAAAUAUAUAUAUAUAUUUUUUAAAGAGCCUUUUUUACCAGUUCAAAAAGCUUAAUUAACCAGCUGUCAUCACAUCUGAAUUUUUGUCUCUGGGGCACAGGCGGCAGGGUGAGAAUAAAAGUAGUAACUCAGCCAUGAGUUGCCUGCCCUGGGCCGCCCUGCUGUCCCGCUGACCAUGGGACACUAGGGUCAGCGUGUACCUGGUGGGUUUCAACUCAGCCCUCCGGGUGUCUGGUGUCUGCCCUGCUUAGCGGACUGCUGACCUCAGUCCUUGCAAGUGCUUUAGCCCUAGUGGGGUUUUCCCAGAGCACUGCCACGAGUGAAGUGUAUGAGUUUAGCCAAAUAAUUUCUCCAUAAGGGAAAAGUGUGACGGAGACCAGAGUAGGAAACACAAGUUGUCAGAGGCCGCCUGGGAGCAAGCAGUUGUCACGUGGGCAGGAGACCUCAUUUGAAAUGCUAGGCCCACCAAGAGCGUAAUUAUUAAAAUGCCAGCGGCUUGCUUUCCCUCACUUUUCUUUUCCAGAAUUCUAUAAAAAUGCAAAGACAAUUGGGCGGUACUUGAGAACUGAAGGCGAGGGUUACUGCAGAUUAGAACAGACUUGGAGAUUUCAGUGCCAUGACACAAAUCCACACGAUGCCAUUUUUCCACUGUACGAGAGAAUCUGAUUAUGAGCGCGACACGGUCCCCACGGUGAUGUUAGAGCCACAUUUUCACCUGCUGCUCUUCUUCCACAUCUGCCCUUGAAUCUGUCUCAGUGUUGUGCAAACUCACCUUGCGUCGAGUUUGAUGUCCAUUCCCAUGGAGAAGAGCAUUUGGCACGUGACAGACAGUGAGUUGGAAGUACAGCAGAGCAUCGAAUUUCACAGGGGCAGUUUCGGAACCAACAGAAAAUGUCACUUUUUAUUUACCAUCUUAUAUAUCAGUUUUACCAGCUACUUCUAGAUUUGUACAUUAUUUGGAAGAAAAAAAAACUUAAGACUUGUCUAACUUAGUGGAGAGUGUGUGUGCUGCCCUUAGGAUGGUAGCUAAGUCUCACUGAGCUGUGUUAUCUAACUUGUAUAUAUGAAUUGUAAUUAAAAGUUUGGAUUCAUCUGUUUCUUACAGUUUAAAAUGACGAGUCAUUGCAAAGUCUGGAAGUGUGACUAGUCUGUGAUUUCAGGCUGUAGACGUGAGGAAGCUCUCUCAAGUACUGAAACUAAAAACUUCUAGUUUGGGGCUCCAAUUCGAUUGAGUACUGUUUGUUUGCCAGAAUAUGUGGGGUGUAAAUGUAGUGGGACACUUUCCACCCUUGUAGCUAUAAAACAGACAUUUUGUAGAUCAGAAAAUAGCUUGUACUACUGAAUUAACAAAAGUUAUACUAAAGUAUCAUGUCUUAAAAAAAAUAUAUAUAUACAUAUAUAUAUAUAUGCAGAGUUAAGCUUGUUGCUGUUACCCUGUCUGGAUUUGAAAAGUGUGCUGAUUUAUAUAUAUCUAUAUAUAUUACACACACACACACACACACACACACACACACACACCAAUAAUGGCCUGAAGCAGACAUCCAUGUAACUACAGUUGCAAAAUGCAAACAUUUUGGAAAGAACAUUGUAUCAUAGUUCAUUCAUUUGCAGUGAAUCUUUGCUCCUUUUUCCUGUGGUAAUUUUAGAAAUGAGUGUCAAGUUUGAAAUUAGAUCUGCUAAGUUGGGGUUUUGCUGCUUGAAUUCUGCACUGGGUCCUCAAACAAACCGAUGUGAAUGUAGUUUUUCCCCCUGUGUGAAGGAGCAGCCACACCCCCCAACAGAAUAGGAGGAAAAAUCUAGAACUAUUUCAAGUUUUAUCUUUUUGUAUAUGAAAAUAAAUAAUAAUAAAUAAGUAA